ACUGGAGGAAAACGAGCGAGCGAGUCCAAAACUCCAAAUCCAGGAGUACCAGCACCGAAGCAAAGCAACGGAGACUCGCAGCAGAACGCCACGCCACGCUGCGCCAUUUCCGCUCUCUCGCCCCCAUCCUCUCCGGUCUCCACGCCUCCUCCCUCUCCGGUCUCCUCUCCCCACUUGCGGCAGGCAGGCGUUCCUGCCUGCGCCCCCACUCCAGUCUCCAGUGAAGUCCUUCCCCCUUCUUCUUCUCCCGAUCGCGCGGCUCGAGAGAGAUAACGUAGCAGCACAUGUCUCGGGUUCCGCCGCCUGUUGCUUGCUGAGGCGGAGGAGGAGGGAGGGAAAGGGGAAGGGGGGGAAUGCUACCGGUGUGAUCUCGCAGAUCUGCGCCGCCCCACAGUGUGUUCUCCGGGAAAUCUCGAGCCGGAAGCGAGGUGUUCUUGCGAGGCGCAGGGCGAUGGGUACAAUCGGCUGGGUCUCUCUCACCUCUGCUCCCUGAUUUGUUCUCUGCACCUCUUUUUUUUUCCUGCACAAGAAAAUCGAGUGAUUUUCUGUGGGGGGAGGAGGAACCGAGGAGACAGCAAUGGCGUCGUUGGGGGACGUCGCCAACGUGGCGCAGGUGACGGGGCUGGACGCGGUGCGGAUCAUAGCCCUGAUCGUCAAGGCGGCGUCCACGGCGCGGAUGCACAAGCGCAACUGCCGCCGCUUCGCGCAGCACCUCAAGCUCAUCGGCGGCCUGCUGGAGCAGCUCCGGGUGUCCGAGCUCAAGAAGUACCCCGAGACGCGCGAGCCGCUGGAGCAGCUCGAGGAGGCGCUCCGCAGGGGCUUCCUGCUCGUUCACUCCUGCCAGGACCGAUCCUACCUCUACCUCCUCGCCAUGGGCUGGAACAUCGUCUACCGCUUCCGCACGGCGCAGAACGAGAUCGACAACUACCUCCGCCUCGUCCCCCUCAUCACGCUCGUCGACAAUGCCCGCGUGCGGGAGCGAAUUGAGUACAUCGAAAGGGAUCAAUGUGAAUAUUCUCUUGAUGAAGAAGACAAGGAGGUCCAAGAUGCUUUGUUAAACCCUGACCCUAGCACAAAUCAUUCAAUAGUGCUCAAGAAGACUCUGUCGUGUUCUUAUCCAAAUUUGCCGUUUAAUGAAGCUCUUCGUAAGGAAAGUGAGAAGCUCCAGGUGGAGCUUCAAAGAUCACAAAGCAACAUGGAUAUGGGCCAGUGUGAGGUUAUCCAUCACCUGCUUGGAGUAACUAAAACUGUGGCAAGCUCUAUCCCAGACGAAAGUACAAAUGCAAAGGUUACCAAAAAAACUGAUUCAAAUAAAACAAAAGUUAGUGAAGACAGUGCACAAUCAUAUGAUUAUGACUCUCCAAAGAAGCAAAAAGAUGCCUGCGAUGCACCACGUUCUUCACCUGUUCCGUACGGUCAUGAUCUGGUCUCGAGUACUAGUGAUGAGUGGCAUGCAGAUUUACUUGGUUGCUGUUCAGAGCCAUCAUUGUGUCUGAAGACAUUCUUUUUUCCCUGCGGAACAUUCUCAAGGAUUGCAUCAGUCGCCAAGAACAGGCCCAUGUCCUCGUCAGAAGCCUGCAAUGAUAUUAUGGCAUACUCCCUGAUAUUGUCCUGUUGCUGUUACACUUGCUGUGUAAGGAGAAAGCUUCGUCAAAAACUAAACAUUGCGGGAGGGUGCUGUGACGAUUUCCUUUCACAUGUGAUGUGUUGUUGCUGUGCACUUGUUCAAGAAUGGCGGGAAGUAGAGAUUCGUGGUGCAUAUGGAGAGAAGACUAAGGUAACCCCGCCGCCAUGCCAAUACAUGGAACAUUGAGCAGCAAUGCGAGGCCUGGACUCCUGUAAAGUUUAUUGACCUAAAAUUGUCAGAAACCGUACUGCCAUGGUAGUGAUACAGCAGCGACAUUACUGUAUGUGUGUUGUAUUUAUUCGUGUUGGUACUAUGUGUCUUAGCAUGUCUCCUUUGUAAACAGUAACUAAAAUCUUCAGUUGCAGGCCAGUUAGAGCCACAGAGUUAACAACAUCGUCAUUGUUUUCUAUCAAGGAGCAGAAUUUUUUCCCU